AUGGCAGCUACAUCACUGGAAACGCCAUAUGACUAUUAUUCGAAUUCCUCAACAGAUGGUAAUCGAGGUGAAACCGUAACUGCCGUUUUUACUAAAGAACGACCAACUUUAUUACAGCGAAUGAUUGAUUCUUUCAAACCUGCACAGGCAACUCAAAACAAUUCGAUUGAAUUGGACGUGGCUAGCCCAGGAGAGGAACGAGGUAAUGGUGUUGACAAAGAUGAAAGCAAGUUGCAUCAAACAUUAAAGAAUCGCCACUUACAGAUGAUUGCCAUAGGAGGAUCGAUCGGCACUGGUCUCUUUGUUGGAUCGGGUGGUGCUCUUGCGUCUGGUGGUCCUACUGCACUCGUGCUUGAUUUUGCUAUUAUUGGUUUUAUGCUUUUCAAUGUGUGCAUGGCACUCGCAGAGCUAGCUGUUGCCUUUCCUAUAUCUGGCUCAUUCUAUGUUUACAGUUCUCGCUUUCUUGAUCCAGCCUGGGGAUUCGCUAUGGGUUGGAACUAUGCUUUAAAUUGGUUGAUUGUGAUGCCACUUGAAUUAACUGCAGCAGGACUCGUCAUCAGGUAUUGGACAGACUCUGUUAAUAUUGCCGUGUGGAUUACUAUUUUUCUUAUCGCAAUUUUAAUUAUCAAUGUCUUCGGUGUUCGAGGCUAUGGUGAAGUUGAAUUCUAUAUUUCUAUUAUCAAAGUAAUUGCUGUGCUCGGAUUUAUCAUACUCGGUAUCGUUCUUGUAUUUGGAGGUGGUCCAAAUCAUGAAUAUGUGGGUGGAAAAUAUUGGCAUAAUCCAGGUCCAUUCGCAGAUGGAUUUAAAGGAGUUUGUUCCGUAUUCGUUACUGCUGCUUUUGCUUUUUCAGGUACCGAACUGGUUGGGUUAGCAGCUGCCGAGGCUGCAAAUCCUCGAAAAACCAUUCCUCGAGCAACGAAGCAAGUCUUUUGGAGAAUAACGAUCUUUUACAUUGCAUCUUUGGCACUUAUCGGUUGUUUAGUACCUUAUACAUCUCCGCGUCUUCUCGGUGGAUCAUCAAGCUAUGAUGCCUCUGCAUCGCCGUUCGUGAUUGCUAUCGAAAAUGCGAACAUUAAAGUAUUGCCUUCGAUAUUUAAUGCGGUUAUCCUUUGCGCUGUUCUUUCGGUUGGGAAUUCAUCUGUCUAUGGAGCAUCGAGGACGUUGUGUGCACUUGCUGAAUGUAGCCAAGCACCGAAGAUACUCGCAUAUAUCGAUCGUAAAGGUCGCCCACUGUCAGCUGUUGCUCUUUCAAUGCUCUUAGGAUUCAUUGCGUACAUUAAUUGUGCAAACGUGGGCCCAAAAGUGUUUAAUUGGCUACUCGCUCUAUCAGGACUGUCUUCGUUUUUCACUUGGGGUUCCAUAUGUGCAUGUCACGUUAUGUUCCGAUUAGCAUGGAAGCAACAAGGUCAUACUUUGGAGGAGCUUGUCUUUGUAGCACCUUUCGGCAUAUGGGGUAGUUUGGUUGGCCUGGCUCUUAAUAUCCUGUGUCUAAUUGCUCAAUUCUAUAUCGCUGUAUUCCCGCAAGGUGCUCAACCUAAUGCUGAGGGAUUCUUUCAGGCGUAUCUUGCUGCUCCUAUAGUUCUUAUAAUGUAUAUAUUAUGGAAAAUACUGAAGAGAUCGCCAUUCAUGUGGCCAAGUACCAUAGAUCUUGAAACGGGACGACGUUUAAUUGAAACGAGCCAAUUUAUUGAAGAAGAAAGAGCUGAGCGAAUGAGUUGGCCUCUAUGGAAAAGAUUUUAUAAUAAACUUUGUUAA